AUGGCGACGUCGGGCCGGCUCCGCGUCCCGGGGCGGCUGUCACCCCGCCGGGCCGGCCCGCCGCCUUUUCUAGCCCCGCUGACGCGCACGCCACGCCCCGGCUCCGGCCCAGCGGGGGCGCCCCGGGAGGAGCCGCCCCGACCCCCGCCGCCCGCCCGGCCGGCCGGCGCUGAAGGAGGCGCUGCCGGGAACGGCCCUCCCCCUGCCCGCACGCCGGGCCGCCCCUCCUUCCCGCCGCGGGCCGGGCCGAAAUCAGAACCAGGACUGGGCGCCGCGCGGGAGGGGCAGAGCGCGCAGCGGCCCGGGCACCGGGUGCGGGGCCUUCUGCAGCCGCGAGCGGGUCGUGGGGUCCCGGGUCCGCGGCCCGGCCGGCGGGGGUCCCGCGAGGGGCUGCCGCACCCUCCCGCCGCCGUGAAGCCGCGCAGACCCGGGCGCCCCAGGCACUGCGGGCCGCGCCGGCUGCGCUCCUCGCGUGUCCCGGCCCGGCCCUCGGGUCAAGGCCCAGCGACGCGCUGGAGCGCCCCGACCGAGGGGACGCGGACCUCCUCGCCGACGGCGCAGCAGCAGGCGGAGCCGCGGUUGCGACACCGCGUCCGCACCCUCGGCCGCCCGCGAGCUCCCGCGCCGCGUCCCUUCCCGCUGCGCUCGGGCGCCACCUGCUGGCGGCGUCUGGCCUUAGCCCCUUUCGUUCCCGGUGAAAUAGUCCGUAAAGAACCACCCCCAAAUCUAAAGCAGACCCUUCGUAAAUUGAAAAUGUCUGCAGUCCGAGGGGCUUUCUCAACUUACGAUAUUGUCACCUGCACGGGUUUCAAGGAGCUGCGGAACACGAGUUGCGCCCUCACCGUGGGAAAGUCCCAAGUCGAACCACUGUGAACCGGGGCCAUCUGUACUUCGCGUUGUAAAAUGCAUGAAGAAAAGACUGAGGGCUUCUCAGUCACCAGACGUUGGAUUCCAACACCAGACGCUCCACAAAUUGUGCAGUUUCUGCAGUCAGUUCCACACGCGAUUUCUGAUGUUGCACCUUGGGAUGUCUAAUAGGUUUUCUAAAAGGACUAACGUAUUGCUUUAGAAUUAGUCACAGAGAGUAUAUGAUGUUGAUAUUACACUAUUAAUUACCCAUCAGGUGUCAAACCUAGCAAUGCUUGUAGUGUGGGCUCAUGCACACUCAGAAAAGGGGCUAGAACAAAUUUCUUCCCUUUUCCAGAAAGAGGGAGAGAGCAUAGAACAACAGAGUGUGGAUUGUUGUGAUGUUUGAGGGCAAUUAAUUAAAGACUUAAAAAAAAUAAAA